AUGAUAAUUGCCGAAGAUCCAAUGGAGACAACCAAUGAUGAGGACAUCAUCACCGAGGGAAAGUACAUUAUCAUUCGACGAACGUUUGAUAAAAACUCGUACAAGUUGGUAAAAAUCGGCAGCGAGAAAUUUUGUUUCAUGGGAAAGCAAAAGAUCAGCAUUGCGUCCCUUAAAGGACAAAAGUUUGGCUCGACUUUUGAACUGAUGACAAAUGACAGGACGCUGAAGCUGGUCAACUUUCACGACUACGUCCUCUCGAGGAAAACCGAUUCUUCGGAGCCCAAAGACAACCGAUUUUUGACCGACAAAAACAGCUCACAGAAGCUCUCCAGAGAUGAUAUUGAGAAGAUUAAGAAGGAAGUUUCCGGCCAGGAGAUAGUCAAGACGCUGGUGGAAAACAGCGCAACCUUUGAGAAUAAGAACAAGUUCUCGCAGCAAAAGUAUUUGGCGAAGAAGCAGAAGAAGUACGUCAACCUGUACACCGUCCUGAAGCCGAACAUUAAGUUCCUGAUGGAAAUGUACUACGCAAAAGGACCGGUCAAGAACGGCUGUCUCCGCACUGACAGCCUGUCACAGCUGCUCACCCUGUGCAAUGUAAUGGCGGGCGGCGAUUACAUGGUGGUCGACUCCAAUCUGGGCAUUCUCAGCGCGGCGCUGAUGGAGCGCACCGGCGGACAGGGGCACAUCGUGCAGGUGCACGUCGAGACCAUUCCCAGCGGCAGCAGUCGGCAGGCAGUGCAGGCGCUCAACUACCCUCAAAAUACUGUCGCCGGCUGCCUUCUCAGUCUCAGCCUGGACGACGUCUGUCGGAUAGACCUGGAGAAGAAGAAGAAGACCGAAGAAGGUGAGGUCACUGCUGAGGUCAGCGGCGAUGUUGGUGCUGCCCAGCCGUCCAUUUCAACGAAGAAGGAGCUGCGACUGCAGGAGGUGAGCCGUGCCCAGGAGCUGCUGCGCGGCCGAGAGAUGCACGGCCUGCUGAUGCUGACGAAGGAGCACGACCCGGGCUCCAUCGCCGACAUUCUCCUCGAGUACCUCGGCCUCUCUCGACCCUUCGUCAUCUUCAGCGCGUCCAUCGAGCCGCUGAAGGCGUGCUUCGCCCAGCUGAAGCGCAAGUGCCUCUAUCUGCGCCUCUCGGAGACCUUCCUCCGCAAGUACCAGGUGCUGGACGACCGAACGCGCCCGGACAUGGUCAUGGCCGCCUCCAGUGGCUUCAUUCUCAGCGGCAUCAAGGCCGAAAUGUAG